AUAUUCAGAUUUCUCAACAUUUCUUUAGAAAAAGUCAGUUCCUGCUCUUCUGCUUUUUCAUCCUCAACCCCUAAAAUUUCUUCCCUUCUCUCUCCUUUACCUCUGAAUUUUUUCCAUAUUUAUUGAGGUUGUAUGGAAUUUUAGUACAAAAUGUCGGGAUCUGAGACAGGUGUGAUGACGAGUAGAGAGCCCUUUACGGUGGGCAUGCAACAGAAAAGUCCGGUGCCGUCACAGUCGAUGAUGCAGAACAUGCGUCUAGCGUUCAGUGCAGACGGGACUCCCGUCUACAAGUCUGUGACCCCCACUUCUCCAACCUAUCAGCCUGCCACUGGCAAUGGCGGAGGUGGUGGAGGUGGCGGAGGUGGCGGAGCUGAGGGGUCUGCCAGUGGGGCUUCGGUUCCCAUAAACAUGGGAAGUGAACCGCUCAAGAGGAAGAGAGGGAGGCCAAGGAAGUACGGACCAGAUGGCACCAUGGCAUUAGCUCUUAUGUCUGCUUCUCAAUCCGUUUCCGUAACCCAAUCUGGUAGUGCAGGAUUCUCUUCUCCCCCUGCUCCUGGAUCCGCUCCUCCUCCAUCAGCUUCUUCACCAACUUCCGGGAAGAAGGCAAGAGGGAGACCUCCUGGUUCUAGCAAAAAGCAUCAACUUGCAGCUCUUGGAUCUGCAGGGGUUGGAUUUACACCUCAUGUUAUCACUGUCAAAGCUGGAGAGGACGUAUCAUCAAAAAUUAUGUCAUUCUCUCAGAAUGGGCCCAGGGUUGUUUGUGUCCUUUCAGCAAAUGGAGCCAUAUCAAAUGUCACUCUGCGCCAACCAGCCACAUCUGGUGGAACCGUAACUUACGAGGGGCGAUUUGAAAUUCUAUCACUGUCUGGUUCAUUUAUGCUGACAGAAUAUGGUGGUCAGCGGAGCAGAACUGGGGGCUUAAGUGUGUCAUUAUCUGGUCCUGAUGGUCGUGUCUUGGGUGGUGGUGUGGCCGGCCUUCUAACAGCUGCAUCCCCUGUUCAGGUGGUUGUGGGGAGCUUUAUUGCUGAUGGUCGGAAGGUAUCAAAGUCAAAACACCAAACAGAAGCCUCACCUGCUCAACCAAAGCUUCCAGCUAGCGGGGUGCCAACAGUGGCAAGUAGCCCCCCAUCACAUGGUACUCUGAGUGAAUCCUCUGGUGGACCAAGUAGCCCACUUAACCAGAGCACAGGAGCCUUCAAUAACAAUAACCCUCAAGGCAUGUCAAGCAUGCCAUGGAAGUAAACCCCUUCCUAACUUAAACUUGUCCGGCUAAUUUGUGUUGCAGGCAUGGGAGCCUACGUUGUGUUACUAUCUACAGCAGGCAGAUCCAUGUUGUAAUUUAAGUCUUGUUGUGGGAGUUCGGUAGAAUAAGAUUAUAGAAUGCUUUCGGUUAUGACUUUAUUGGUAGGUAGGAAGUGCCAUUUAGGUAGUAAGAAGUGCUUGUUGCACUCUAUAAGGCGAACUUGGUUAGAAGAAGAGAAGAUCCACAUGUUUUUAGGGCUUGUUAGAAUGAGAUGGUUUUAGUCUGACUUGGCUUAUUGUAGGUGCUUUUUCUUCUUGUUCAUCAGCUUUAGUGAAAUGUUUCCUUUUUUUUUUUUUUUUUUUCUCUAUUUGUAAAAUUAAAUUUAGCCCUUGUUU